AUGGGAUUUAGCCCCAAAUGGAACUGCGCAACUAAAGAGAAUGGGCCUCAAAGCCAGGUUAGCUGUCAAUGGCACCAGAGUAUCGGGUAUCGUGAAGUCGUGCAAAGUCUCGACAGAUUGAGGGCCAAGUGUGAGCUCGUAAUUAAUGCAUCUCAUGUAGAUGACAUGCUGACGGCUCGUCUGCAUCUAAUGAGGAGGUUUGAGUACUAA